ACGAUGCUGAGAAUAGCGGUAGUUGCAGUUUUAUGUUGCGUCGGAAUCGGAGCAAUAUCUUCUUCGCAAAACACUACAAAGCAUCGUUAUCAAGAAUUGAAUCCUAAUCUUUCAGCGUAUCAAGAUGCUUGGAAGUCAAACACCGACAACGCGUCGUACGUGCUGGCGUAUCGCACUUUCCAAGAUCUUCCAUGGAUGCAUAUUCUGAGUUGCGUGACUGGAACAUUAAUAGCCAAACAUAGCAACAACCGAACCGCAAUACACCGGCUAGACUACUAUAAUACGAAAAAAGGAAAAUGGGAAGGUCAUAAGGUGCUUACAAAGUUUAGUGCCACAAGAGGCUAUAAAGUUCCUAACCUAAUGCGCAUAUCAUCAUAUGACAACAAAACUGAUCAAGGAAGGCUUUACUGGACCUUGUAUUCUGAAUACGGCUCUUGCAACAUCGUCAGAGUUCCACGUAACCGCGGCUGCGAGCUGUGGGUGAAGAAAGGCUUGCAAGACAACAUAUCAAGCUGCUGUUGGUUCAUAUAUAAAUCCUACUGUGGAAAUGAGAACUACCAAGUUUACAAUACCACGUACUGCGAACGCCAGGCAUGCGAGUGA